AUGGUUCUGGUAGCCUCCAACAAUGACACCCACCCCUCCCCCCACAACAGUGUGGCUGACGGCAUGCCCCUGCUUUCCCAGUCCUCUGGCAACACGUGUCGACAGUUAUGCCCCCCCGAGAAAUUCGACUGUGGGGGCUCUUCGGGCAAAUGCAUCUCGCUGUCCUGGCGAUGCGACGGCGAGCGGGAUUGCGAGAACGGCGCCGACGAGCUGGCCUGCGUGGCAGAUGGCAAAGCCUGCCCCGCCGACGAGUACCAGUGCCGUAACCGCAAAUGCAUUGCACCUGAGUUCCUGUGCAAUGGCGCUGACGACUGCGGUGACGGCAGCGACGAGGAGAAGUGCUCGGCGUCCACCUGUGGGCCGCACGAGUUCCGCUGCAACAGCUCAGAGUGCGUGCCGCGCCCGUGGAGCUGUGAUGGCGAUGCCGACUGCACUGACGGCUCGGACGAGACCGUGGAACGCUGCGGCCGGCGCACCGAGCCCCAAAAACCACGCUGCCCCAACGGGGAGUUCCAGUGCGGCAGCGGCGAGUGCGUCCAUCUCAGUUGGAAAUGCGACGGAGAUGCCGACUGCAAGGACAAAUCCGACGAGGCCAACUGCGCCGUGCCCACGUGCCGCCCGGACGAGUUCCAGUGCGGCGACGGAUCCUGCGUCCACGGCACCAAGCAGUGCGACCGGGUGCACGACUGCUCCGACUACAGCGACGAGGUCGGAUGUGUCAAUGCGACCAAGUGUGAAGGACCUCUGAAGUUCAUGUGUAGGAACGGCGAGUGUGUCGACAGCGGCAGGGUGUGCGACUCCCACAGGGACUGCAAGGACUGGUCGGACGAGCCUCUGGAGUGCGGCAAGAACGAGUGUGCAGACCAUAACGGUGGAUGCUCCCACGUGUGCCGUGACCGACGGAUCGGGUACGAGUGCGAAUGUCCCCCCGGAUACCAGCUGCUGGACAAGAGGAUGUGUGGUGACAUAGACGAAUGUGAGAAUCCGGAGAUCUGCAGCCAAGUGUGCGUGAACUACAAAGGCGACUACAAGUGCGAAUGCUACGAGGGCUACGAGAUGGACCCCGGAACCAGGAUGUGCAAAGCCGUGGGGAAAAGCCCCUAUCUGAUCUUUACCAAUCGCCACGAGAUUCGACGCAUUGACCUCAUUAAGCGGGAUUACACCCAGGUGGUCCCCACCCUGAAGAAUGCGGUGGCACUAGAUGUGGAUGUCGCCACCAACAAGAUGUAUUGGUGUGAUUUGUUUCACCGCAAAAUCUACAGUGCUUACAUCAACAAGGCCAGCGACUCCUCCCAGCAGAUAACCCUGAUUGACUCCGCCCUGCACUCCCCGGAAGGGCUGGCCAUUGACUGGAUCCACAAGAACCUCUACUGGACUGACUCGGGGGACAAGACUAUCUCCGUAGCCACGGGGGACGGCAAGAAGAGGAGGGUGCUGAUCCACACGGAGCUGAGUGAGCCAAGGGCCAUCGCCGUGGAUCCCAAGCAAGGGUUCAUGUACUGGUCAGACUGGGGAGCCCAGGCCAAGAUCGAGAAGGCGGGAAUGAACGGAGUGGACCGGCAGGUGCUGGUUUCUGAUAGCAUCGAGUGGCCCAAUGGGAUCACGCUGGACCUGGCCAGCAGGAGGCUCUACUGGGUCGACUCGAAGCUGCACCUCAUCUCCAGCGUCGACCUGAACGGAGGCAGCCGGAAGGUGCUGCUCUCCUCCUCCGACCACUUGGGCCACCCCUUCGCCCUGACGGUGUUUGAGGACCGGAUCUAUUGGACCGACCUGGACAACGAGGCCAUCUACAGCGCCAACCGGUUGACGGGCCGCGACGUGGCCACACUGGCGGAGCACCUGAACAGCCCCCUGGACGUGGUGGUGUUCCACGAGCUGCGGCAGCCCAGCGCUCCUGACAGCUGUAACUUGGGCUCUCUGCCCAACGGUGGCUGUGAGUACCUCUGCCUGAAAGCCCCCCAGAUCACAGAGCACUCCCCCAGGUACACCUGCGCCUGCCCGGAUGGCAUGGAGCUGGGGCCGGACAUGCGGCGCUGCGUGGCAGCCGCUCCGCCUGUCAGGCAUAAAACAACAGCUGCGCCCACAACGACCACAACUACAACGACCACGACCACCACCUCCAGACCGACGACGACCACCACCACCAGACCGACGACCACCACCACCACCACCCCUGGCGGGGAGCACUACCUUUUUGGCAGCAUCACCGCGGUCUCCGUCCUCAGCAUCGUGGCCCCUAUCGGCUUCUGCUCUGUUUGA